GUCAGGGGGCAAACAAAUUCUAUUUGCCACUGGCUUCAAAGUACAAAGUCCGCCUCGACUGCAGGCGUUAGACCGUCAUUAAUAAGGAGCGGGUGAGUAACCACAUUACCACAUAUCCUGCAGGAGCUUCGAAAACAACUUCCCAAAUUUCUCAACUUUCUUACGCAACACUCUGUAUAUACGUCACUAAAUUUUGGGGGCUAUUGCAGAUAAAAAAAAAGGGGAAAAUCAAACAAGGUUUAAUUGUCUGCUCUGAUAGGUUCUUGGGAACUUAGCCAAUGACGAAAUAAUAUAGUAAAACUUUCUCACUGCGACGGAGUACGGACUAUAGUACAAGAGUUUAAAAGUUUUAGCGGAUAACGGCUUCCCGUACCCGUGGACCUGUGUCUUUUUGACAAGGAUGGAGACCGAUAAUAAUAAUAACCCGGGUCGCAGCAGCUCCGGCAAGAGACUUUCGGCCUCUUCUUCUUGGUCUGUGUCGCAAACCCGCACUCGCUCUUCAUCAUCCUUAGCUAGUAGCAUCGCCAGUUCCAUAACGGGCGGGAAAAGUCGACAUGCUGAACCCGUCGGUACUACCGAUGUAUCUGUUGAGCCUGCACGUUUGUCAAUGCCUCUGGCCAGACCACUAAAGCUACCCCAUCUCCCACCCUCUCCAUACAGUCGACGCGAGUCAUCCGGUUCCGAUAUUUGGAGUCAAGAUUUUCAUCCCUCGGCUGCAGGUGUUGACGACGUGGCUGUCGAGGAUAUCGAUAACACCCCCAAACUAGUGCCCGGCCAUUCUUUUCCAGACACAAGUUCUCCCUACCAUCUGCCAGAUCCUGCUGUUAACCAUCCUUCUUCUUCUGCUUCCGACUACGAAGCAGCAAAGCGAGUUUCUGUCUCUUCCGUAUUUUCCCUCUCGUCAUCCCGUGGCGUUGCAAGUUCUGCUCCGUCCACAAACGGUUCCGACAGCGGUAGUGCUCAUCGCCCCACCGCCAUCAUGACCUCCGGCAAAGGCUUAGGCCCGUCUCCAGGUCAAUCUGAGUCCGGCGUGUCCAACGUGACAAUCACCACGUCCUCUAACUCUAAUACUCAGAAUCCCGUUAGCGGUCCUCAGCUUACUUCGCGGGAGACCCAUGCCAACCCUCUUGAGCUUGUGAAGCGAAGUACUGCACCUCCGUCCAAUCCGGGCCCUCGACCCCAGGUGACGAGAUCUCGAAGUAGAGCAAAGCGCCGGUUAAGUGGUAGUACUGCAGCUAGUAGCCACAGUCCUAGUAGUGACCGGGCUCCUCAAUACAGAGAGAAAGAAGAAGUCAAGCCAGCACCAUGGGGCAUCAUCGGCGUUUGCGCUCUGGACGCCAAAGCCAGAAGCAAACCGAGCAGGAAUAUUCUUAACAGGUUAAUCUCAAACCGCGAGUUUGACGUGAUAGUAUUUGGGGAUAAGACAAUCCUAGACGAAGAGGUGGAGAAUUGGCCUAUAUGCGACUACUUGAUAUCUUUCUACUCUGACGGGUUUCCCUUAGAAAAGGCUAUUGCUUAUGUUAAAGCUAGGAAACCAUUUUGCGUAAAUGAUGUCCCCAUGCAAAAGGUACUUUGGGACAGGCGACUCUGUUUGCGAAUACUCGAUAGGAUAGAUGUGCCAACUCCUAAACGUGUUGAGGUGAAUCGCGACGGUGGGCCAAGUAUAUUAACCUCGGAUGUCGCAAAGCAUAUAAAGGAUGUUACCGGCAUCGCCCUCGAGCUAAGCGGGCCAGAAAACUACCGUAUCCCUCGUAAGGUGGAGCUACUUGACGAUGGAGACAUUCUGAGCGUGGACGGCACUUUACUGAAGAAACCAUUCGUCGAGAAACCAACUAGCGGUGAGGAUCACAACAUCAUCAUCUAUUUUCCAAAGUCGGCUGGCGGAGGCGCCCGGAAGCUCUUCAGGAAAAUCGGCAACAAGAGCUCUGAAUUCAUCAAGGACCUCAUUAUUCCCCGCGCCAUCACUGAACCGGAAGGCAGUUUCAUAUAUGAGAAAUUCAUGCAAGUGGACAACGCCGAAGAUGUUAAAGCUUAUACGGUCGGACCACAUUAUUGCCAUGCUGAGACAAGGAAAUCGCCAGUUGUCGACGGAAUUGUCCGGCGCAAUACCCAUGGUAAAGAAAUCCGUUAUGUUACCGCGUUAUGUCCGGAAGAGAAGGAGAUUGCAAGCAAAAUUGCAAACACAUUCGGCCAACGCGUCUGUGGUUUUGAUUUGCUUCGAGCCGGAGGCAAGAGUUAUGUUAUAGAUGUCAAUGGUUGGAGCUUCGUCAAAGACAAUGAAACGUACUACGAUCACUGCGCGAGUAUUUUGAAGGAUAUUUUCGUCAAGGAGAAGAUUCGCCGUGGAGGACCAACGCCACCUAUACCAUCACCCACUAUAUCAGACAUUGGCGACCCAUUGGCCAAAGCUCUACUAACUAAUAAAGAGAAAGAUUCGCAGACAAGUACAAGGCACACGAGCCAGACAAAGCUCAUAUCGAGUACUACAGGUACGCUUUCACCGGAGGAAAAUGCAGAAAGCAAAGAUGAGCAGAGCCCAGGAAUCCCCGUCCCACCCAAGUCUGAUUCAGGGGUGUCGGGUAUCGCAGCGGGACUGCGGAACAGCAUCAUUAGCCCGAUAGCAUACCUUGCUGGCGGCUCUACUUCAAGUAGCGUGCCGGCUACGGCCCCGCCGACUCUUCCGACUACUCCUUCAACGGCAGCAGAGAAGGUCGAGGAACAGGUUGAACAGCCAACGCCGCCUCCGCCACCACCUAAACACUCGUGGAAGCUCAAAGGCAUGGUUUCCGUCAUUCGACACGCCGACCGCACCCCGAAACAGAAGUACAAGUUCACCUUUCAUACGCAGCCAUUUAUUGACCUCCUGAAGGGCCAUCAGGAAGAGGUCCUUCUUAUUGGGGAGCCAGCUUUAGCUAGUGUCCUCGACGCGGUCGAAUUAGCUAUCAAGGCGGGAGAGGAAGAUCGAAAUAAGCUUAGGUCUCUUCGCAACGUCUUGGUGAAGAAAGGUGGAUGGGCAGGUACCAAGGUGCAAAUCAAACCGAUGUUUCGCAAGAAGAAAACCGCCGAGAUGUCGGAUGAGUCAACUCCUAAAGUUACCGAAGGGGUGAAAAUGGAGACGGAGAUUAAGGACGUUCCGCUUAAAGAGAAGCCAGGUAACAGUAAUCAGGAUCAAUCUCCGACGGCGCAGCCAUCAAAGGCCGAAGAUGGUCAACAUGAACUUGACACAUCGGAAGCACUCGUAUCUGACAAUGAACUUCAGCCGAGAAACCCACCGCGACGCCAAGAUUCAAUGUCAGGGGUAACAAUGUCAAAGUUCACCGCAGCCGACAACAGCUUUGUUCUCGAUAAGUUACAACUCAUCGUCAAAUGGGGAGGAGAGCCUACUCACUCGGCCCGUUAUCAAGCUCAAGAAUUGGCACAAAAUAUGCGUAAUGAUUAUCUCUUGCUAAACCGUGCCAUUUUAGAUCAAGUACACGUCUUCAGCAGUUCGGAGAGGCGAGUUACAGCUAGCGCACAGAUUUGGGCAGCGUCAUUCAUCGACAAGAAUGACAUACCAGAAGACUUUAUUACUAUACGCAAGGAUCUGCUCGACGAUUCCAAUGCGGCGAAGGAUGAGAUGGACAAGGUCAAGAAAAAGUUGAAGGGAUUAUUGCGCAAGGGAAACGAGCGACCAUCGCAAUUUGCUUGGCCUGAGGGAAUGCCCGAGCCUGCCGAAGUGCAGACACGAGUUGUGCAGCUGAUGAAUUUCCAUCGCCGUGUGAUGCAUUACAAUUACAGCAAACUGCAGAGUGGCGCUGUGAACUCACUCAACGCAAUCAAUUCUCCCAACUCGGACAAGACGCACGGAGAAGGAUCUAGCACGUCUAUUACAUCAUCGAUUUCUCAAGCAAAUGCCAUCAACAAUAUCCAGGCUCGUUGGUGUUGCGGCGAAGAUGCCGAGUUAUUCCGCGAGCGGUGGGAGAAGCUCUUUGCGGAAUUCUGUGAUCACGAGAAGGUCGAUCCUAGUAAGAUUUCGGAAUUGUAUGAUACGAUGAAGUUUGACGCCCUACACAACCGCCAGUUCCUUGAGUGGGUGUUUACUCCACCGAAACAAAUGUUAGAGGAGGAAUUUGGUAUUACUAUAAACCGCGAAGGCAAAACGUCACCCAAGGAAUCCGAAGACGGCGUCAAAACAGCUGAUAACAAGUCUGACAAAAGCCAAGUUCUGAGCUCCUCCCCAGAGGAGAAACUUGACAAAUCAGAGCGGCUUGACAGGGCAGAAAGGGCCGAUAAGUCAGAGGCACAGAAAGCUGUUAAGCGCAUUUUCCGACGAAGAUCAUGGAUGAAGCAUCCUCACGAAGUUGACAGGCCCGCCGAGUAUUUCCACUUACCCAAAGGGAAUAAUCAGACAAAGGCGAAGACAGAUGAGUGCUUCGAACCUCUUAGGGAGCUCUACCAGCUAGCCAAGGUCCUGUUCGAUUUCAUCUGCCCACAAGAAUACGGCAUCUCAGAUAGCGAAAAACUCGAAAUUGGGCUCUUGACCUCUCUUCCCUUGCUGAAGGAGAUCGUCCAAGAUCUCGAAGAGAUGCAGGCAUCUGAUGAUGCCAAAUCAUUCUUUUAUUUCACCAAGGAAUCACACAUCUACACGUUACUCAAUUGCAUCCUCGAGGGUGGUAUUGAGACGAAGAUUAACCGCAGGACGAUCCCCGAACUUGAUUACCUCUCACAGAUCUGCUUCGAGUUAUACGAGUCGGAGACGAAGGGAACAGUAGAUGCGCCCUCCGCCGAUCAGCCUACGUUUAACUAUAGCAUCCGUAUCACGAUCAGCCCCGGUUGUCACAUUUUUGAUCCGCUAGACAUACAACUGGAUAGUAAACACUGCAUCGGGUGUGCGCCGCGGAGAAGCUUGACACCUCACGCGGACUGGAAGAAAGUCAUCGAAACGCUCAGAGAUAAGUUUCAUCAGGUCAAGCUACCCAAGACGUUCCUUGCGGUAAACCUCUCGGACGCCUUCACGUUCCAGGAAAAGGAGCGUCAAAAUUCCGAGGCGGAAUGUGUCGAGAAGGACAACGCUAGCAACGAAAGCGACGUCCUCGAAAUGAAGACUCGAAAACGUCCACACCCUUCAUCGACGAAAGUCGAUCGCGGUGACGACACCGAAGCACCAGCAGUUAUCGAUGAGCAGCCUCUUCCACCUCCUGCUGCAACGUUUAAUACGGCUGCUCUCCCUCCGGCCGCAGAUGCGCCGGGAAUAACGGGCCCCUGAAGUCAGAAAAUUUCCAAGGCGGGAAGACCAUUUGACCAUCAGCAGCAACAGCAACGAUGACGCUAGACGAGAUGACGGUCUG